UUCGUGGGAUAGAUUCUGGGUGUGCACAGUCAUGGUGAAAUCAUGCUGUGCAAUAAACUGCAAUAACAAAUUUUCACUCGGCAACAAUAUCUCCUUCCACAGGUUUCCGCUGGGAAAAAAAGAUGUGUUAAAAAAGUGGGUUUGGAACAUCCGACGGAAGAAUUUCACUCCUACGCGACACCACGUGAUCUGCUCAGAACAUUUUUGCGAGACUGAUUACCUUGAAAAUGUGGCUUCCGGUCGGCGAUACCUCAAGCCAGAAGCGAUUCCGACCGUUUUUAAUAUACCCGAGCGACAGAGGAAGGGCACUAAAAGGAGACGGCCGCUUCUCCGCCGGAAGCCCCCCGAUACUCAGCCGAGGAGUCUGUUAAAAGUGGAAAGCGAUGCCAGUGCGCCCUCGCCCGGUAGUGACGUCGUGGGCCUGGAGCAUUCCUACUCUCUUCCCGCCAGCCCAGCCCUGGACCAGCAGCUGGCAUCCAUCCGGGACCAAGACCUGGCAAAAUCUGCAGCAGGGAAAAGCCCUCCCGUGCUCCAGGCCAGGCCUUGGAGAGAGUGCAGGGACAGAUCCCGGCAGAACGCCCAGGAGGAGCCUCUGGUCAGCGCAGAGCUGGAGCGCCAGCAUUUCCGUGAGUUCUGCUAUCAGGAGAACGAAGGGCCCCGUAAAGCUUGCAAGCAGCUUUGGGAUCUCUGCCAUCAGUGGUUAAAACCUGGAAGAUACACUAAGUUGCAGAUCCUGGAGCUGGUGAUCCUGGAGCAGUUCCUGGCCAUCCUGCCCCAGGAGAUGCAGGAGCACGUCAAGGAACAGGGACCCUCGACUUGUAACCAGGCCGUAUCGCUGGCAGAGGACUUUCUGGAGAACCAGCCAUUGGGGGAGAUGGAUCAGCCACUUGGAGAGCGAGUUUCUAAUUUCCCUGCAUCAGAGGAAGCACGAUCAGAGAGCCAGCACCCAGCAAAGUUCAAGAAAAUCGCUAGGAAAGACAGAAAGUCCCCUACUUUGGAAGACGGGAACAUGAAAGAGAUUGUCCAGAAGGAAGAUGGAUCCAAGGAGAACGUGUCCUCUGAGGUUGAAGUGGCUGAAACCAGGGACGCACGGCAGAGUAAUGAGGAUGCGGACCCACGUGAGGCAUCCUGGGGAGGGAGCAACAGGGAGGAGGCAGAAGAAAAUUCUGAACAUCUGGAUGAUCCCAAGGUCCAAGAACAGAAAGAAUCAGCUGAGAAAAGGAAAGGUGCACCAGCAGGCCAUGAUCCAUCGCAAGAAAAGGAAGGCCACCCUCGGCUGGAAAAGUCUACCCAGGAAGAAGAAGCAACGUUGGGAAAAGUCGGAGGAGGACCUCUACAGGAUGCAACCCUGGAAGAGACAUUGGAGGGAGAUGAUAGGACGGCGGGUGCCCAGGGGCCUCUCCAAGGGAGGAAACCGAAAGAGAAUCCGUACAAAUGCAUGCAAUGUGGGGAAAGUUUCCACAAGUGGUCCCAGUUGAUAAUACACGAGAGGGGUCACAGCAGAGAGAAACUGUACAGCUGUCCCCAGUGCGACCAGAGUUUUUCCUCCCGUCACGCUCUUCUCAGCCACGAGGCCAGCCACGCGAGCGAGAAACCCUAUCAGUGCUCAGACUGUGGGAAAAGCUUCCGCGAGAAAGCGUACCUCCUUCAACACAAGAGAAUCCACACUGGGGAGAGGCCCUUCGCUUGCUCCGAAUGCGGGAAAAGCUUCUUCCGCAAGGGGUCCCUUAUUCUGCACGAGAGAAUCCACACAGGGGAGAAGCUGUACAGGUGCCCAGACUGCGGGAAGAGCUUCAACCGUAAGCCGCACCUCGCCGUGCACAGGAGGAUCCACACGGGGGAAAAGCCGUACGAGUGCUCAGAUUGCGGGAAGAACUUCACCGUGAAAUCGGCUCUUAAUGUCCACAUGAGAACUCAUUCGGAAGAGAAGCCGUACCAGUGCUCCGACUGUGGGAAAAGUUUCCGCGAGAAAGGGACUCUCAACAUCCACAAACAGAGCCACACAGCGGAGAAACCUUACCAGUGUGCCGAAUGUGGGAAGUGCUUCAGUUACACAGCAUCGUUUAGGAGACAUAAGAAAACCCACACGGUUGGAUCGGCUCUCAAAUCCUACGAGUGCCCUGAAUGCGGGAAGAGCUUCGGCCGCAAGGAUUACUUGAUCACGCACCGGAGAAUCCACACAGGCGAGAAGCCUUACAUGUGCUCGGUGUGUGGGAAGAGCUUCAAUCAUGGAGCAACCCUUGUUACACAUAAGAGGACCCAUACGGGGGAGAAGCCUUACGAGUGCUCUGAAUGCGAAAAAAGCUUCAAACAGAUUUCUGGCCUUAUUACGCACCGGAGGACCCACACGGGCGAGAAACCCUAUGAAUGUUCUGACUGUGGGAAACGCUUCAUUCUGAAAGCGUACCUUGAUGUCCACAAGAGAAUUCAUACAGGGGAGCGGCCGUAUCAGUGCUCCCAUUGCGGGAAGGGGUUUUCCUGCUCCUCCUACCUUUUAAGGCACGAGAAAACCCACACAGGGGAACGGUCCCACACUUGCUCUGACUGCGGCCAAAGCUUCUACUGGAAACGUUCCCUGAUCAUGCACAUGAGGAAACAUACAGGGGAGCAGAAUCUACAUGAGUGCAAAAUCUGUGGCAAAGGCUUCAAUUGGACGUCAGCUCUGAAUAUACACAUGAGGACCCAUACCGGGGAGAAACCCUACAUGUGCUCCGAGUGUGGGAAGACUUUCAGCGGGAAAUGGAUCCUCAUCCAACACAAGAGAAUCCAUACGGGCGAGAGACCCUACAAGUGUCCCGAGUGCGGGAAGAGCUUCCACGCAAAGUCGUCACUCUUUGCCCACAAACGGACCCACACGGGGGAGAAGCCACACGAAUGUGCUGAGUGUGGGAAAAGCUAUAGCGUGAAGGCCAACUUUGUGGCACAUAUGAGGACUCACACGGGGGAGAAGCCCUACGAGUGCUCUGAGUGCGGGAAAAGCUUCUACAAGAAAGACCGUCUCAUGACGCACAAGAGGACCCACACGGGGGAAAAGCCGUACCAGUGCUCCGAGUGCGGGAAAGGGUUCAACUGGAAGGUGGGCCUGAUCAACCACACGAGAAUCCACACCGGCGAGAAGCCCUACCCGUGUGCCGAGUGUGGGAAGUGCUUCCAUAAAAAAGACCACCUGGCUCGACAUGAGAUCAUCCACACGGGAGAGAAGCCAUAUGCCUGCUUUGACUGUGGGAAAAGCUUUAAUCAGAAAGUCGCCCUGAUUGUGCACAAGCGGACUCACACUGGAGAGAAACCCUAUAAGUGCCCUGAGUGUGGGAAGAGCUUCAGCUGGAAGAAGUCGCUCCUCACCCACCGGGCAGCUCACACGGGGCAGAAGCCCUACCAGUGCUCUGAGUGCACGGAAAGCUUCAGUCAACGCUCUCUUCUUGUGGAGCACGAAAGGACCCAUGCAGAUUUUGUUGCCGUCCCUCCUGAACUCUCCAUGGAAGAAAUCACCACCGCUGUGAUGAGCCUGGACUGCAAUACAAUUAUUUUGACCACCGCUGUAUAGCACAAGAUCAUCGGAAAGGAUCCUGGACUCCAGCCCACUUGCUAAACCAAACAAAACUCAUCCCUAUGCUCCUCGGAGAGCUUUUCCCUCAAGCUUGUCAAGAACUCUGUGAAACUCAUCCUCUUCCUCCCGAGGACAUCAAGGCGACUGCAGUUCCUCUGAAAUCAAUUCCUCUCUUCCUGUUUUUCAGUACAAGCCCUUACUGGAUGUGGUGUGUAUAUCCCUUAACAUUAUCAUGCUGACUCCUCCUCUUUGCUUGCGUUCUCUGAACAAUACAGAUCUAAAUUAAAUUCUGUAAAAUAAAGUGACCAUAUUGA